AGAAAUCGUUGGUGCAAUUUUCUUUGCCUUUUUACUUUGUUUGUGGGGGCUUGCGAGUGGAGGGUGAGAGCUGCCGCGUAGCGUGCCGUUCCGGACUUUUCUUCAGAAUUGUAUUCGGAAGGAGCGCUUGUUGUGUGCGUGUGUGUGAACGGCGUCUACAGGGAGUCUUCCAGCACUUUCGCCGCGUUUUGUUGAUAUCACCGACACACAGUAUACACGUAUCAUCAUCAUUCUUGUGUGUGUCUUAUAUUAUCUUACCUCGAUUUGUUCUUCCCAUGGAUCCCGCAACUGACGCCCCAAACUGGAGAGGCUCUCUCGCGCGACUGCGUGCGGCCGGCUGCCCAUCCCUCGAGCCCGUGCUGCGCGGCCAGAUGCCACGUGAGGCAGUCCUCGUGCUGGACCACAACGCGAUCGGCGACGUUGUGGCGUCCACGAUGGAGGCGCUGACCGGGGCGGGCUACGCGAACAACUUGAUCGUGCCGGAGCUGGCGCUGGACUUCUUCGAUGAAAACGCGAAAACGAGCUCAAAGGCUGCGUUUAGCCUUCACGGCCCCCCUGCUGCUGCAUCGUCGGCCGAGUCGCCGCUGCGGCCGAAGGAGCUCCUCAACUACGAGAAGUUGCAUCUGAAGAAGCACGUGCUGCUGACGAAGGACACGUUCCGUGUGACGGUGCAGCGCGUCGAUGAGUACGAUGCAGAGCUCCUCGAGCAGCUGAAGAUACCGGCCAACUCGUACGAUACGCGGCUGUACGUGCUGUGUGCCGUGUACUUCAAGAAGAAGCUGCAGCGGCCCACGGUGAUCAUCACGUCGGACCCGGUGGUGGUCGAGAUGGCGGCGGAGUACGGUAUUUUGACGUGCCCGGCAGAAAACAUCUGCGAUUGCGGCGGUCUCAUAAGCAAAAAGGCGGAGGAGGAGAAGGGCGAACAGAAAGUGCCGCCGCCGCCGCCGUCGGCGAGCCAGCAGAGGACAACGCACCGGGAUGUGGCGACCGUUGGGAAGACGAAGCCCGGCGCCACGGUUCGGAAGCAGAAAGGACCGCAUGUUCUCGGGAAGGGCCGCGUAAAGUAA